AGUGGGAGAGGGCGCAAACACAGAUUUUCUGCAGCUGUGCUGCCACUCACGUCACACAGCGGAACCUCUCUUUUUCUCUUUUCUUUCCCGUACGCGACAUUUGGCGUAAGACAGCCCAAUCGUCAUGACGAAUUCAAAGGGUUACCGUCGUGGUACACGAGACUUGUUCUCUCGUAAAUUCAGGAAUCAUGGGACAAUUCCCCUCUCCACGUACAUGAAAGUGUACAAAGUCGGUGACAUUGUGGACAUUAAGGGUAAUGGAGCUGUGCAGAAGGGUAUGCCAUACAAAGUGUACCAUGGUAAGACUGGACGUGUUUUCAAUGUGACACCCCAUGCACUUGGAGUAAUCGUCAACAAGCGUGUGCGUGGACGCAUCAUCGCCAAGAGGAUAAACGUGAGGAUCGAGCACUUGACCCACUCCAAGUGUCGUGAGGAUUUCCUCAAGAGGGUCAAGCAGAAUGAGAAGCUGAGGAAGGAGGCCAAGGAGAAGAACAUCUCUGUGCAGCUCAAGAGACAGCCCAAACAACCGUCCAAGGCGCAUAUUGUCUCAGGACGCGAGGCACCUAUCCUCCUGGCUCCAGUGCCCUACGAGUUCAUUGCUUAAUUCUCUUAAGAUUAAUUAAAAAAAGAAUAAACUGUUUUUUUCGAGGAAAAA